AUGUGUACUCUCCCCGGCGACCCGAUAACCUCGCCCUGUCGCAUUGGUGAACGGCGGGAAAUAAUGCUUAAUGAGGACUGCUCUCUUUCACCAACCUCCGGCAGUACUUCUGCCUCUAACACCCUUCUGCGUCAACUGCUUGCGGGCGUAGAUCCCGAGAGUGUCCGCGGCUACAGCGAACUAAUGAACUCCAAAUUCGGUUUGCGCCGCUCCUCCUCUGUGAGCGUCAGCUCGCGCCAUCGGUUCCGACGAAACAACCCUGGUGGCGUUGAGAUGAGGCCACGCGGGGCAACAAUGUACAGCCAAUCCUCCCUCUCCAGACGUUCUUUCCCCAGUCCCAAACAUGAGGCCACCGGUGCUAAACGAUCCAAGCAUUCUGUUGAUUCGUCGGCCCCAACGGUGCCAGAAGAAGGAGAAGAUGUUGUUCCACUAACCAUAAAGAUUGAAGCCACCGAUCCUUCUGAAGACAGUCCUUCUUCAGAGCAAUAUAAUAAAACAAAUCCACCACCCUGGAAAUCGAAAGAGGCGAACAGUCCAAAACAAGCAACUACGGAUUAUACCACCACGAAUUCCUCGGUUGCUGCCAGUGCCUCGGACAUUGCCUCUAUUCCCCAACUCCGACCGCCUAUGCGGCCACGAGCACACACAGCUUCGGAGAUGGAAAAUGUUCUCAAAGCCUGUACCGAAAAGUUCUACCACCGUGAUGAGUUGACGCGUAUUUUAGAGUUAUGUGUCCGUGGC